AUGGUCGACUCCGCCGACGAGCCUCCGCUGUCACGUCGUCUACACUCAUGGGCUAAGACUAAGGUGUCACCACCAACACCAGCAGCAGCACCGUCCCUCAACCUUCCCCGAAACCUCCGUGAAGACCCUGUCCAAUCCCCUGAUUCCCGACCAAACGAGACAGACACCCGCUUACACCAUGCUGGCCACGACCCCUCUGCAGCUGGUCCUGCAUCUUCAGACCACCGUAUCGCCGAGGCCGAUAAAGAGCAACAAGAUCUACCGUCUGUGGACAAGAAAGGAGAUGGAACGCAAUCUUCCCCCAUAGGGACUACUGAACCCAAGGACAAACCGCCCUUGGUCCAUCGUUUCCUCCGCGAUGUCGAGCGCAUCAUCUUCUCCAGUUGGGUCAACUGGCUCCUUGUCUUUGUGCCUGUUGGCCUCAUCCUGGGAAUCUUGGUGGACUGGGUUCAUACCGAUGUUGUAAGUCCCAGCGCCGUCUUUGCCCUCAACGCCAUUGCCAUCAUUCCUCUGGCUUCACUCCUGUCAUUUGCAACAGAGAGCGUUGCCAUCAGACUGGGCGACACCAUUGGUGCGCUUCUGAAUGUCACCUUUGGCAAUGCCGUCGAAUUGAUCAUCUUUAUCAUUGCCCUCGCGGCGAAAGAAGUCCGCGUCGUCCAAGCCGCUGCCCUCGGUUCCAUCUUGGCCAAUCUCUUGUUGAUCUUGGGCAUGUGCUUUGUCGCCGGCGGUCUGAGAUUCCGAGAACAGUUGUACAACUCAACCGUCUCGCAGAUGAGCGCGUGUCUUUUGUGUUUGAGUGUCAUCAGUCUGCUCCUCCCCACGGCAUUCCACGCCUCCUUCUCCGAUACAAGCAAAGCAGACCACGUAGUUUUGAAAGUGUCACGGGGGACCAGUGUAGUCCUGUUGUUGGUCUACAUGUUGUACCUCCUGUUCCAGCUCAAAUCCCACGCGUUCAUGUACCAGAGUACUCCCCAACAUCUCAUUGACGAGGAGUCCCAUCCUGGAGUCCUUGCCGACAUCCUCAAUUCAUCCAGUUCUUCCAGUGACACCUCUGCCUCCGGCUCCACCGAUUCUGACUCCAGCUCUGGCUCUCAUACCACCGCCAAACGAAUCAGACGAGCCCUCCGCAGAAGGAGGCGCAAAUCAACUUCUAGUACGAAAGACACCGUCUCAAUCCCGGGAUUUACGAGAAGCCCAUCGGUUCUCACUAGACAUGGCGGCUCAAUUACCCAGGCGACAUCUCCGACAUCUCUCGAUCUAGACCCUGUCUUCUCUGGCGACGAGGCCGACGUUGAUGGCGAAGGGAGGACGGGUCGUCGCCGAUCACGUACUCAGGUCAUCCAGUCUCGUGAUUUUGAGAGUGAAGUACCACAAGAUCAGACGUCCGAGAAAUCUAAGAAACGUCGCAAGAAUUUCAAGAAGACCAAACGCUCGAAAAAUGAAAAGGCAAAGGCAAAGGACCCGGAAAAGUCGCCUAUUGUUGAGACACAGACCAAGGUGAACUCUCUGACACCGGUGAAUACUGUUCUACCGCAAGUCGAGUUUGCAGCGGAGACUCAAGAGAUUCCUGCCGAUGGCACUCCCAAACGACCAUUCAACAUUCGCCAUUUGUCUGAAGCAGUCAAGCCUGCCUUCCCACACCAUCAAGCUACGGGAAGACCUCUUGCCAUGCCUAUCCGAUCCGUCUCCCGACCUCGAUCUGGAUCGCGAGGUCUUCGCCGGACUUCUUCCAUGCCGGACAUGAUUCAUCCCACAAUCUCCCACCCCCGACUAUCGUCUGUGACGAUUGCACCGGUGCAGCCUCGCUCUCCCAAUUCAGAGGGGGGGACGGAAGUUGAAACCGAAGAAGUCGUCGAAGUCAAGGAGCAUUUAUCCCGCACUUCUGCGGUGAUCCUUUUACUGGCAACUACAGGACUCGUGGCGCUGUGUGCCGAGUUCUUGGUGGGAAGCAUCAAUUACCUGGUUGCCAACAGCAGUAUCAGCCAGGCAUUUAUCGGUCUGAUCAUUCUGCCCAUUGUGGGCAACGCAGCCGAGCACGUCACAGCCGUCACAGUGGCCGCGAAGAACAAGAUGGAUUUGGCCAUCAACAUUGCCCUGGGGAGUAGCAUCCAGAUCGCGCUUUUUGUCACCCCUCUAAUGGUCAUCCUUGGAUGGAUCCUCAAGACAGACAUGAGUUUGUAUUUCAGCCUCUUCGAGACUGUUAGUCUGUUUGCCAGUGCCUUUAUCGUCAGCUUUUUGAUGAUUGAUGGCCGCAGCAAUUACCUGGAGGGAGCCUUACUGAUCGCAGCGUACGUCAUCAUCGCGGUUGCGGCGUUCUUCUACCCUACUUGCGACCUGAGCUCCGCCAGCGGACCACUUGAGGGUACGGACAAAGUUUGUUAG